AUGCGGAUUAUCUUGUUUGCCUUCCUUAAUUUAGUAUUGUAAGUUUCUUUAUUUUUUGACACAUGUUUAUGAGUUUAGAUGUGAUUGUCCAAGAAAGCAACAGAGUGAUGACAUUCAACCACCUGCUUAUGAGCCUGAAGAGCAUUUUAUUCAGAGUAGUUUUAUCUACAAAGACAACAAUGGUAAGUAGUUUUAGAGAUUGGAAAAUUAUAAACAUUAAACUUGACCUUAUGCUAGAAAAUGUAACUUUGCAUAAUCUGCUUUAUGUAAUAGUUUUGAAGAUGUCAUUCUGUUUGUCGAUAGUGACAGAUAGUCUCUACAACGCAGUCACGUCUUUAGUCUCAACAGUAGUUAAAACUUUACUAUUUUAGACGAAGACCGUCAGUACUCGAUAAUAGUGGCAGAUACACUCAGAGACCUCCGAAAACAUCUAAUAACAGCAGCUAAAGUCACGAUAGACAAUGAGAACGUUGAUUGCUCGAAUGGUGGAUAUCAAAAGUGUAAAGACUACUCUCCUGACGACUCUUAUCACUUUUUGGUAAUUGAAGAUGCGUAAGUUUAAGGCUAUGGCACAAACUUUUCCUUGAUUAGUCAUAAAAUUGAAUAAUCUAUUAUACUAAUGAGGUUUGAACACUGAUAUUAAUGUAGAGUGUUUUUAUUUAAAAAUAUUGUUUUUUGAUUUUUAAUAGUCUUGAAAGUUAACAAAAAUUGUAUUUUUAGAACCACUGGAGCAGUAGUCUACAGUUUGGAAAGAGAACGCAAUGGUUUGGACUCUCGACUGGUCGAAAAUGCAUUAUUAGAGUAUGUUUAACAAGAUUUACGUCUUUAUUAAAACAAAAUGUUACAGUAUAAGACCCCGGUCGCAUUUUACACAAUAUUGAUCUUCCAUACAACUGUUAGGGGCACAGAAUUUUAAUAUUUUAUAUCUUGGUCCAAAAGCACCUAUAAUCUUUAUUUCAGUGCAUUUUCACGGCAUUCCAAACACCCUUUAACAGCUCAUGUCAGUGAAAAAGCCGAAAAGUUUGUAGGUUUUGUACGAGAGGUCAGUAUGGAUGAACUACUACAAUAUGCGGAACAAAAUCAGGCCAUAAUUGAUGCUGAAAAGCCUACAAUCUUCAGAAGAUCUCCAUUUGAGUUGAGUCUUUUGAAUGAGAGAAUAAUCGAGUUGAGGAGGGCUGAUCAAUGUGAACGACCAGUGAAAGGAUUGACUGUUUAUAAGUAAGUAUUAGAUAAGUAUGAUGUUUGGACUUAGGAUUAUAUUGGUUAUUUUGAGCUGUUCUUGAUGGUUAUUUAGCUAUAGAAAGUAAGGAUAACGUGUUUUACAAAAAAUGUCACUAGGAUUAUUGACAGCCUAUAACAACAUAUCAUUGACAUCCGAUAACAACAUACGUCUAAACACUUUUUCAUCAAGAUUAGAAUAUUUUUCCAGAUCAGGAGAACUGAGUCCCUUAAUCGACCUCCAUCACAAUGAAAUCAUCUUCACUUUGUUCUGGGCUAAUGUUGAUACAGUUUCAACUCAUGUUUAUCAACUGUUCAAGAAGUUGGCUAAAGAAGUUGCUGGACAAUAUAAAGGCAAAGCUAGUUUUGCAGCGAUUCCUUGCCAUAAAGACCUGGAUCUUUGUGCUGCUUUCGGAAUUCAACAUUCCGAUCAUAGGACAAUAUUCGCCAUUAGAGGUUCGAGAAAGUUUGCUUCGAAUUACGGCAUUGGCGACUUGGAGUUUUACAAAAACUGGGUCAAAAUGUAGGUUGUUUUAAUAUGAAGAGGGUUAGAGCAAGUUGUGGGAGGGUAAGGUAGGUUUACUGUGGUAUAUACCAAGGGUAAGGUAGACUAUUACUUAUGGAAAGGUUAGGUAGGGCAAGCAAUGAUAGGGUAAGGAAGGAAUGAUACUGUAUUAUUUAGUAUAGUAAGGCAGGUUUGAUACUGUUGUAUAUACAUAGGGUAAAGUAGAUUUGAUAUCGUAGUAUAUAAUGAGAAUAAGGGUAGGAUAUUGCCUACAAUACUAUUAUUUUAAGGCUCAGAUGACAAAGCAUCAUUUCAGGGUUCUAUCAGGCACACUAACUCAAGUCCAAGACGAUGAUAAACUAAAACAAAUCAGAAAAGGCUUUGUUGAUGGCUUCGAAGCCGAUGAACUCCCAAGACCCGCAGUAACUAUCGGUAUCUUCCCUGAAGAAGACUGUGACGAAUUCAAAAGUUACAGAAGGGUUACUUCAAUGCUAGCUGGACGGUAUCACUUCUUUUACAAAACUGAUGACAGGUAAGGUGUUUUAGUCAUAAAGGUUGGAAAAAGAAUCGUAGCGACCACCCUGUUUUAACCCUGAAGCCACAAAAAAUUUAACCCCAAAAUGUUACAGUAUCCCCUCAGCGACUGUAACCACGUUUCGGCCGAACGAAAAAACGAAACGUGUGGACCACAAGGGCCUGAUGGACGUGAAGUCCGUGACAUCACACGUCACCAAAGAGUCGUUGCCUUCCUUAGUAAGUCUUGUAAUCGUAUCUUGUUUGCAGAGAAAUACUUUUACUGCCGGAAGUCGACAAUUUCGUUUUAGCUAAACAUAUCGCGCGGCUUCACUUCCGACGUCGUUUACCGUUCCGACCGUGCCGUGCUUCUGCUCUUGCAUCGUGCUGAUGAAGAGCGGUUGCACGAGCUUCAGGACAUGGCAUACCAGACGCAGUACAGUAAGACUUACUUGAUGGCACAUUUGAAUGUGUAAGUUACAGUAAGAUGGGCGUGUUAGGGGGAUGUUACAGUACAUUUUUAAAUUUUGUUUUAAAUUUGAAAAAAAUAAUAAUUUGAAAGGUUCAUUCUACAGUACUGUAAAAUAUCAUAACAUUAAAAUUAAAAAAAGUAUGUAAAAACUACAGUAUGAAAUUUUAAAAUUAUGUUAUAAUAAUACUGUAUUUGCAGUAAAAAUUACUCUACUCUCAAGACUGAUGACCUUAUAAAAUCUUAAAACAACUAAAAUGUUAACAAUUUACAGUAAGACAAAGUAAUGUAAAACUCUUUCAACCCCAAAAACCUUUAAAUUUAAAUUACAGUAGCCGAAGAUACUAAAAUACUCUUUUUAUAACCCUAAAACCCAAAAAGAAAAAUUAUGUUUUCCAAGUAAAAUAUACGAGCAUGUUGAUGUUCUCCAAGUAACAUAUACGGGCAUAUUGAAGUAACGUUGUAGUAUAAUAAAACAAACAGAAUAAUUAAAGUAACGGAAGUACGGCUGAGAAUGAUGUCGCAUAUAAAUUAUUAUUCGAGGAGGACCAGUAUAAUGAGGACAAGGCACACACUCCAGCUCUUUAAAUAUAACUCUUAUGGAACGUUAAGGGAACUGUAGACAGAGGAUGUAGACGUUAUAGUACAAUGUAAUUUCAAAGAUUUAUUUCAAAAACGAUUUGAGUUUAGUCUAACGUUAAGUUAAGAAUUGUUGAAGUCUGGGUACAACCUGCCCCACCCAGAGUCAGCUCAGAUGUUUAUAUGAAACCUUUGUACUACUAAUAGUAUCAAUAAAUAAAAGAUUGCUAUUUUGAGUUUUAAAAUUAAAAUAUUUGAAGUUCCCGCUAAUUUCUAUAUAAGACGUGUGAAGUCAAUCAGAGCGGGGGCAGGUCGGGAACCCUCCUUGUUAAUUCGUCGUUUGUAUAAUAAGAGCGAGAAACCGGCCCAGUCCGGUUCUACGAUCGGGCCAGGCCGGCGUGGAGCUAAAAUUGAAACAGGUCGGGUCUAAGAUUUUUUGACCAGGCCGGGCAUGUUUGAAAAAAAUAAAAACGGGCCGGACUUAAACCUUAUGUCCCGAACCUGGGCUGGGCCCGUUUCAAAUCUCACUGAAAUUUUUUAAAUAUUAAUUAAAUAAUGACAAUUUAUAAAGCAUAAAAAAUUUUAGGGCGGAUUCCCUUCCAACAGCACGUUUGUUGAAGAAUCUGAAGCUUGAAGAAGGUCAACUUCCAGCUUUGUGUCAAUUCAAUCGAGACAGUUUUGGAUGUUUUACUCUUGAUGAAACUAUCGUUGAUACUUUGGGACAAUUUGAGAGUACUGAACGUAAGCAUUUACUUUUGUUUGGUACUACUUUGCACUACGUUUAGUACUAUUUACUUUAUCAGGUUGUAUAAAAAGUAAUAAGCUAAGUCUCAUACCUUUUCUGGACUUUAAAUAGCUCAUUACUUUUUAUACAGUUUAAUGUUUGGUUGAACCAAAAGUAGCGGGACACUUUUAAAGUUAUACAGUUUUAUUUAGUAUUAUGAUUUAAGAAAGCUUUGAUAUUAUACUCUAUCUGGUAUCAAAUACUGUACAGAAACAUAAUGUUAAGCAAAUAAUUUUUUACAUUACAGUAACCCCGAUCGACCGUAGAAAGCCCCACCCACUGAAAGUGUACCAAUUGGAGCAUAUAGACAGCGUCUUUGGUGAACAAGACGUCGAGUUGUUAGCCGAACCACUAAUCGCUUCAGGGCAUGGAGGCGGGUUCAAUCAUGACGCAGUGGAUCCAUCAGAUGGUACUGGUGGAUGCCCCAUGAUGAAGCAUUUGAACUCGAUUGGCAGAGACGAACUUUAA